AACGGAUCGCAGGCCGCAACGCAGACCAUGUUUGCCCGAACUGUCACCUCGUCGACGCAAGUGUCCGUGGUCCAGACACCCGGACGCCAACGAGUUGGCAAAGGCAAGCCCAAGGCCAAGCUCAGUCAGCAGCGGUACCGUACGCAGAAGCGGGAGCAGCUUGAACACCUCGAGCACUACGUCCAGCAGCUCCAGCGGCACAUCGCACGCUGCGAAGGCCAGCUCGAGGUCUUGCGCACACCCGUGUGUUCGCACGACGGUGUUCUCCGCACCGCGGCCGAUUACUUUUCGCACUUUCGCCUCGGAUACCAGGUCCACCGACCGGACUUGAAGCAGCAACAAGACGCGUUCCUCCGCAGCGUCAUGCACUCCGACUUGCUCAUUAUGAACGAGAGAAGUCUCGAGAAGCUUUUUGCCCAGUGGCAGCUCUACUACCACCUCUUUCCGGCGUUUGAGAUGGAGAUAUUGGCGCUCGACGUGCUCGUCUGCGAUGAGACGCGUCUCGUGCGCGCGCCGGUGACGCUUCACCUGCGUCUCUCUCGCUACUCGCUGCAGUGUCUCUGCCCGCACAUUUUGCAGGACGAGUGGCUCGUCCAGCGUUUGGUGGGCCAAGUGCUCUCGGUGCCAACGAUGAUUCAUUUUCAUUUUCGAAGCGACGGCGCGAUCGACCAAAUGGAGACAGCGACCGACAUCGCGGCAGCGCUCGUCAGUCUUUUGGGCAGCACAGACGAGGCGCUUGCCGUGGCGGACGGCGCGCAGAUGAACUCAAGUGGCGAGCUCACGCUGCUCCAGUAGUGCGCUAGCCUUC